AGAGAUGCAAGAACACUGACACUGACGGAGUAUUUUUUUUCUUGUUCAAUUUGGCUAGAUCCACGCCACACGUCAAACGACCAUAACCUCCCGAGAUAACAACAACGGCAAUGGCGAAGACAGUUAACUACUAAUAUGUAAAUCAUGGACAACGAUAAUCCUGUGAUAUAUGGAUUGGAAUUUCAAGCUCGUGCGCUUUCUGCUCAAACAGCUGAAACGGAGGUAGUGCGUUUCCUUGUGGGAACUCAGUCCCUUAAAUUUUCCAAUAACCAAGUACACCUGGUAGAAUUAAACGAAGAAAACUCGAAUGGACCAAAAACACAGGUUUACCGGCAUCCGGUAGGAGAAAUCUGGGGUCUAGAAGCAUCGCCGACGGAUCCUUCAAAAUUUAUCACUGCUUACAAUAGUUUAAAUGCGGAAGGGGCUUGCGAGAUGCGAGGAGCGCUUUGGAAACUACCCACAGCGGGUGAGGAGACGGAUCAAUUACAAAAGUUAGCAGAUAUAGACACAACCUCUCAUGGAGUUGACCUCAAAGUCAUAACUUAUAAUCCGACGGAAGAGUCAAAACUCGUUUCAGUUGUGGAUGAUCGUUUUGUUCUCUGGGACAUGAGUUCCGAGAAAGCUCAGGAGGUCAGUGUCGGUGUACUGUCGAGCAAGGGUCAGCCAAGAUUCACCAAUGCCAAAUGGAAUCCUCACACAGGCUGCAAUCAGCUGGUCACUCUCGACGACACCAACAUUCGUGGUUGGGACCUUCGGGAUCUUUCACGGGAGCGUUGGCUCAUUCCAUCCGCCCAUUCUCAAAUAAUCAGGGAUCUGGAUUUCAAUGCAAACAGACAAUACUUUUUGUCAACCUGCGGAGAUGAUGGAUUCAUGAAAUUUUGGGACAUACGUUCGACCGCGCAGCCGGUUUAUUCACGUAUGGAGCAUUCUCACUGGGUUUGGUCAAUCAGGAUCAACCGCUUCCAUGAUCAACUCGUGCUUACCUCGAGCAGCGACUCGAGAGUCAUAUUGAGUAGCAUAGCUUCGAUAUCUUCGGAGCCAUUUGCACACGCGGCUAUCCCAGAGGAUGAGGGCUCUGCCGAUGUAUCGUCUGGUCACCACCUUCUCGUAGGAGAAAAGCUGGAGGACGGUGUUGUAGGACGUUACGAGGAGCACGAGGACAGUGUUUACGCGGUUGAAUGGUCCUCGGCUGAUCCGUGGACUUUCGCCUCUCUCAGUUACGACGGUCGUUUGGUUUUAAACAAGGUUCCUCGUAAAUAUAAAUAUAAAAUACUUUUAUAAU